AUGUAUAAAUCUUUUAAUAUAAUCAAAUGUACAUUUAAUUUGUCUGUCUGCCAUUUUGUUUAUCUGCCUUUUAAUGUUUUCAUAUCGACCCCAGGCAGCCCGUAUCGAUCUGCCUGCCGAUAUUACUUGCUUUCCAUUUUAUUCCCUACCAUAUUUAACUCUGCCUACCUGUCUCCUCAUAUCUAUACAUUUCGCCAUGUUCCUAUCUUUGUCAAUCUGUUCAUAUCUAUCUAUCUAUCUAUCUAUCUCCUCUUUCCAUCUAUCUAUCUAUCUAUCUAUCUAUCUAUCUAUCUAUCUAUCUAUCCCAGUCUUUUCAUGAUCUAUCUAUCUAUCUCCUCUUUCCACCUAUCUAUCUAUCUAUCUAUCUAUCUAUCUAUCUAUCUAUCUAUCUAUCCAAGUCUUUUCAUGAUCUAUCUAUCUAUCUAUCUAUCUAUCUAUCUAUCCUCUAUUUUCAUCUGUCAUUCUGUUUAUAUCUAUAGUUUAUUUUCAUCUAUCUCAGUCUGUUCAUAUCUAUCUAUAUCUAUCUAUAAUCUAUUUUCAUCUAUCUAUCUAUCUAUCUAUCUAUUUAUCUCAGUCUGUUCAUAUCUAUAUCUGUCUAUAGUCUAUUUUCAUCCAUCCCAGUCUAUUCAGAUCUAUCUAUAUAUCUCAUUCUGUUCAUAUGUAUCUACCUAA